GGCAAACGGUAAAAAGGUCUGACUUAUCCAAACAGGGAGGGGUUGACAUAUUUAAAUGUCUGCACAUGUUGGCAUCUUCUCAGAGCGAUUUAACAUGUCAACCCUAACAGUCAAUGCAAUGGCCUCUGUGCCGCCUCAGGAGCAGUUCUACUGCUGCAUCUGUCUGGACUUCUACAGCGACCCUGUUUCCCUGCCGUGUGCACACAACUUCUGCUUGGACUGCAUUGAAGGCUACUGGGACACAAAGGACAAGCCUGAGUGUCCCCUGUGUAAAACUACGUUCAGCAGCCCCCCAGUCCUCAAGAUUAACCACGGAUUUGCUGAUGUUAUUGAUUUCAUUAAAAGGUUUCUGUCAGCAAAUAAAGACAGCAAAGCAGAUGUAGUGGUGCCACCAGGAAGCAUGAAACAAUCCCCAAAAGGAAACUUCAUAAUCAAUGAAGUUUUCUGCGACAUCUGUCACACAAACCCACGUACAGCCGUCAACUCGUGCCUCGUCUGCCAGGCGUCUUACUGUGAAAUUCACCUCGUGCCCCAUCGGAGGGAUCGGGCCCUGCAGAAACACAGGAUGACGGAUCCAGCCACCUUCUCCACAAGUCACCUGUGUAGAAAUCACAACAAACCCCUGGAGAUGUUCUGUAAGACCGACCAGACUCCAGUGUGUGUGGACUGUACUCAGAUGGAGCACAAAAACCACAAGAUAGUCUCCAUGGAGAAAGCCAGCAAGAGGAUCAGGGCUCAGUUGAAGCAAACAAAAGCCAACAUUCACAAGAUGAUUGAGGACAGACUGAGGAAAGUAGAUGAGAUCAAACAUUCAGUGGAUGAGAGCAAAAAAACCACAGAGAAGCAGAUCCAGAGCAGCGUCCAGGUCUGCACCAUCCUGGUUAGCGCCAUCGAGAGACAGCAGACCGGGCUGGUGAAGGAGCUGAAGAGGAAGCAGGAGGAGGUGGAGAGGAAGGCGGAGGAGCUGCUGAAGGAGCUGGAGGAGGAAAUGAACAAACUCCAGAUGAGGAGCAGCGAGCUGGGAUACCUGGAGCUCACACAGAACCCACUCCACCUCCUGCAGAGUUUCCCAUGUCUGAGUAAAUUUUCAUCCACCAGAAACUGGUCAGAUGUCACAGUCCACUCAGAUAACUGCAUCGGGGAAGUGAGAAGAGCGGUCUCUAAGCUGAUGGAUGUUUGUCAGGAACUCAUCAACAAACUGUCAGUAGAAGAAGUAGACUGUCUGAAUCAAUACUCAGCCGAUGUGACUCUGGAUCCAGUGACUGCUUCAGGUUGGCUGGUUCUGUCUCCUGACCAAAAGAAGGUGCACAGCCAGAAGAAGAAGACCCCCGUACCAGACAACCCCAAGCGGUUCGACUCCUGCGUCUGCGUUUUGGGGCAACAAAGCUUCACAUCUGGGAGACGUUACUGGGUUGUUCAGGUGGGGGAUAAAACAGACUGGGAUCUGGGAGUGGCCAAAGAGUCCAUUAACAGGAAGGGUGCCAUCAAAGUGCGUCCUGACUGUGGUUACUGGGCGAUCUGCCGGAGGAAAGGCGGCAGCCUGAGCGCCUGUGCUGACCCUUCUGUCACCGUCAACCUGAAGGAAAUUCCACAGAAAGUGGGCAUUUUCCUGGACUAUGAGGAGGGGGUGGUCUCCUUCUUCGACGCAGAAGCAAAGGCUCAUAUUUAUACAUACAGCAGCUGCAGCUUCACCGAGUCCCUCUGUCCAUACUUUAACCCCUGUGUGCAGGAAAAUGAGAAAAACUCCAUUCCACUGGUGAUCUGUCCAGUUGAGGGGCAGAUCAGAGAAGGACCUGGACAGGAACUCAGUGUAAUAACUGUGUGAUGUAUUAUUACAUUGUGUACUCUUAAGUUCUCAUGUGAGAAACUUUGUGACUGGUUUUUCUUGUUACAUUUAUUGUACUGUAUGAGUAUUUUACAAUCAUUGGCCUGCAACAGGCUGAAACUAAUACAUGGGCUCUGUAUUCCUUACACAAACUGGGAAAUAAAAAAAUAAAAGUUGUGGACAAACAUG